AUGCAUCCUAAAAGGAUGUUUGUGUCCAUCGGGGCCUCCAAUGGCUCUAGUCCCCAGGUCACAGAGUUCAUCCUAAUGGGUUUCCCGGGCAUUCACAGCUGGCAGCACUGGCUCUCCCUUCCAUUGGCCCUUCUCUAUCUCUCAGCCCUUUUGGCCAAUGCCAUGAUCCUGCUCACUAUAUGGCAGGAAAUGGUUCUGCACCAGCCUAUGUUCUAUUUCCUGGCUGUUCUGGCCCUGGUGGACAUGGGUCUGAGCACCACCAUCAUGCCCAGGAUCCUGGCCAUGCUCUGGUUCAAUGCCCGCACUAUCAGCCUCCAAGAAUGUUUCUUUCAGAUUUAUGCUAUUCACACCUUUAUGGGGCUGGAAUCCGGCAUCUUCUUAUGCAUGGCAAUUGACAGGUAUGUGGCCAUCUGUCACCCCCUCCGCUACCCCUCUGUCAUCACAGAAGGCUUUGUUCUCAAGGCCACCAUGUUCAUGGUUUUCAGGAUUGGGCUCCUAGCCAUUCCAGUUCCUAUCCUGGCUGCAAGACGUAAUUACUGCUCCAGAAAUGAGAUUGACCACUGUCUGUGCUCCAACCUGGCUGUCACCAGCCUGGCAUGUGAUGACAGGAAGGCCAACAGCAUUUUCCAGUUGACCAUAGCUUGGUUCUUGUUGGGCAUUGAUGUGGGUCUCAUCAUUGUCUCCUAUGCCCUGAUUCUGCGGGCGGUACUCAAGUUACACUCGGCCGAAGCCGCCUCCAAAGCCCUGAGCACCUGCAGCUCCCACAUCAUCCUCAUCCUCUUCUUCUACACAGCAAUUGUCGUCUUGCCCAUUACCCACACUGCAAAGAGGAUGGUGCCCUUCAUCCCUGUCCUCCUCAAUGUUCUGCACAGUGUCAUCCCCCCAGCUCUCAACCCCAUAGUGUACGCCCUGAGGACUAGGGAGAUCAAACUCGGGAUCCUGAAUCUGAUCGGGUUGGCUGGCAAGAGAAAGUGA